GUAUGAUGACUUGAAGAAGAGACCCUUUUUGAAGCAGCUGAUGGAUUUCUGCCACUCCACGGAGAGCAAUGCGACUGUGGUGUCUGCUGCUGAUGAAGGAACUGGCGCCAGCAGUUUGCGGCAGUUGGUACGAAGAAUCAGUGCUGGAGGCGACGACGAGGAUGGUUCUGCAGCAGCUCGGCGAGAAGCGGAGCGACAACAGGCAUGGAAGCAAGCCAGUGCCAGCAGGAAGCGCCAUGUGCAGUUUGUGGUUUGGAAGGAUGCGACUCAAGCGCAGAGCCAGGUUAAUGGAAAUGCGGUGCUCCGGAACUUCAAAGCAGAGCCCGGCGAAUCUCACAGACUUUUCAUUUUGUGUGCAGACUUGUUGGGUGAAGCAGAUGCAAAGCCUUGGCUACAGAUCCUGGACAAGCAGCCCAGCCAAUUCAAGGCAGAUGCCAGGUUGGAUUUCCUGGCAAAGCAGAGCGGUCCAGGAGACGUGCUGGUGGUCUUUGAUGGCCGGAGCAAGCAGUGCAGGAUGGUUGCAUUUGGCAGCAGGUCUGUUGAGAUGGGCAUGAUACACUUUGCGUUCAAUCGCUCCAAAGUGCCCAUCAACGAGCGCAAGCAGUUCAGCGCAUCCAGCGAGAGGACCUCCUUUGGCUCUGUCUAUUCUGGUGUGGGCUACCCCUGUUCCCUGCCACUCAUUAGUGUAGAGGACAAGAAGAAGAUCAUGGGAUCAGCAGAUGUUCCACCGAAGUGGGGCAAGAAAGGGGCUCGUUGCGUGAUUGACUUGUCACCGGGCACAGCCGAGCUGGCCAAAGCAGUUCUAAGUGCUCCUGACCACGUUUCCUAUCUUGGCUUUGCGUAUGACUCCUCACAUUUGAACCUGCUCACCAACAUCAUAGACACGCACGCCCUGAAGCUGGUGACCAAAGAGGGGUCCUUGCUUUUCCAGCAAGAUCUCGCCACAAUGGUGAGGGAUCUGUACUCAGACGUAGUUGCGGAGAAGGCCGAGGAUGAAGAACAGACAUGUUCUGAGCCCGACACGCCUUGA